GAGGAGUCGCCAGGCUCUUCUCCGGUGUGGUCCCUUCUGGAGGGCCGAGGGGCUGCGGACGCGCACCCGAAUCCUUAGGACCAAUGUCUCUGCAGGUGGUGGGCAGUGGUGGUUCUGGCUGCGCUCCCUUCCCUGGGGGCAGGCGGAGAGACUCCUGAAGCGCCUCCGGAGUCGUGGACCCAGCUAUGGUUCGUCCGCUUUAUGGUGAAUGCUGCUGGCUAUGCCAGCUUCAUGGUACCUGGCUACUUCCUGGUGCAGUACUUCAAGCGCAAGAACUACCUGGAGACAGGCAGAGGUCUCUGCUUCCCCCUGGUGAAAGCAUGUGUGUUUGGCUACGAGCCCAAGGCCUCCGAUGAGGUUCCCCUGGCUCCCCGGACAGAGACAACAGAGACCACCCCCACUUGGCAGGCCCUGAAGCUGCUCUUCUGUGCCUCCGGGCUCCAGGUGUCUUACCUGACUUGGGGUGUCCUGCAGGAACGAGUGAUGACCCGCAGCUAUGGGGCCACAGCCACAUCACCGGGUGAGCGCUUCACGGACUCACAGUUCCUGGUGCUAAUGAAUCGUGUGCUGGCCCUGAUUGUGGCUGGUCUCUACUGCAUCCUCUGCAAGCAGCCCCGGCAUGGGGCACCUAUGUACCGGUACUCCUUUGCCAGCCUGUCAAAUGUGCUUAGCAGCUGGUGCCAAUAUGAAGCUCUCAAGUUUGUCAGCUUCCCUACCCAGGUGCUGGCCAAGGCCUCUAAGGUGAUCCCUGUCAUGCUGAUGGGAAAGCUGGUGUCUCGGCGCAGCUACGAACACUGGGAGUACCUGACUGCUGGGCUCAUCUCCAUUGGGGUCAGCAUGUUUCUGCUAUCCAGUGGGCCAGAGCCCCGCAGCUCCCCAGCCACCACUCUCUCAGGCCUCAUCUUACUGGCAGGCUACAUUAUUUUUGACAGCUUCACCUCAAACUGGCAGGAUGCCCUGUUUGCCUAUAAGAUGUCAUCGGUGCAGAUGAUGUUUGGGGUCAAUUUCUUUUCCUGCCUUUUUACAGUGGGCUCCCUGUUAGAGCAGGGUGCCCUCCUGGAGGGGACUCGCUUCAUGGGGCGACACAGCGAGUUCGCUGCUCAUGCCCUGCUGCUGUCUGUCUGCUCUGCAUGUGGCCAGCUCUUCAUUUUCUACACCAUCGGGCAGUUUGGAGCCGCUGUCUUCACCAUCAUCAUGACCCUCCGUCAGGCCUUUGCCAUCCUCCUCUCCUGCCUCCUCUAUGGCCACACUGUCACCGUGGUGGGAGGGCUGGGGGUGGCUGUGGUCUUUGCUGCCCUCCUGCUCCGCGUCUACGCCCGGGGCCGUGUAAAACAAAGGGGAAAGAAGAUGCCAGAGUCCACUGUGCAGAAGGUCUGAGGGAUGAAGCAAAUUAGGACCUUUCAAACAUACCACCGAUUUUCCUCUCCUACUGUAACUUUCUGAGAGGCACUGGCUCAAAGGUAAAAUGCAGGUUUUUUUCUCAGUAUCACAAACCAGCUCUGCAACUGGGGGUGGGGAGCCCCAGAGGCAGCCUUUUCCCUUUGCCUUAAAAGUCACCCAUCUUCCAGUAGGCAGGUUCCUGAGCCCCAAGGUAGAGAUGAGCCCUCCGGGACCUUGAGGUCUAGAGGGCAGAGGUACCUUCUUCCACAGCUGCCUCCCCAGUAAGUUCCCAAGGCAGUGGCAUUGACUGUCACCUGUGCUUUGUCCCCUACCCUCUGACUCCCAGAUACCUGCAUUUCUUACUCUGGUGAGAAAAGCACAAGUGUAGGUUCCAAAUGCUGCUUCCCCAGGAGGGCAGUGGAAUGGUGCUGUGCUGAGGGAGGGGAUGAGCGCCCUACCCAGCUACACCGCACCUUGCCCCUGGGUCCUUGGGCUCUGACCAGUGAGCCAGUUGCAGGUUUUGGUACUUGGAAAAUGUAACUUUUUGCUCCUAUAAUUUUAUUUUAUUAAAUUAAAUUGCUGCAGUGGA